AUGCAAUAAUUUUGAGGUUUUGGGGAAUUUUGUUUUUGGUGCAUUACAGUUUUGAAAUUCAUAUUUUUGGAUGUUUUUAUAUGGUAGGCUUUUUUACAUCACCUUAUGACAUCUGUUUUAUUUUGAUGUUCGUUGCUUCGCAUAUAUCAAACGUGCAGCAACAGAUUGCAUGCGCGCGUGUAUGCAAUGGCGCCUGUCUCAAUCAUUUAACUUUUUGAUCGUAAUAGAAACAGCAUUAUGGCUGAGAAUCUUGCUGCUAAAUUAUGUGCAUUACUACAGAAUGAAACCACUAAAGCUGAACAAUGGAAAUUGUUAGGACAAGAAAAAGAUUCGUCACUCUUAAUCGGAUGGAUAGAAGAAGAUCCUGAAUGUCCAGAAUCAUUGUCACAUUCUGUGAUUGGUCAUUAUGAUCGAUACAAAGAUACCUUAAAGAUACUGUAUCACUGUCCAACAGUCUUGAAUAUUGUUCAAGCAACAAUAAACCAGAACCACACAUUACUUGGUUAUAUAGUCAAACGAACUAGAGACAAUUCUGAGGAAAAUAGAGUAAAUGCUAAACAUGAGGAAGAAGAGGAAGAAAAAAAUGUCAAAGAAGCAAAUGAUUGUUUAAAGUUGGAACCUAAUCCUAAUGGGUUGGAAGUUUAUCAAGCUUACGUCAUAGAAUUGAACUCAAAUGAUAAAAAAAUUCAUAUGAUAGAUAAUGAAAGAUGCAAACAAGUUCGUAUACAAUUUUUAUAUAAACAGAAACCUCAAACAAACUUUGAUAAAUUUUUAGUAUUAAUUCAUCAUGAGUGUAUUAUGAUGUAUACUGUCUUCCUUGAUGAAUCUGAUCAAAAUGUAAUCGAAGAGCUCAAAUCAGAACCAAUAGUUAGGACAUUUAUGUGGGCUCAAUGGGAUUCAACCAACCAAGUAUUAUAUCACAUUCAUAAUCGUCGAGCUCCUACAAGUUUAGUGACAGAAGAUGAUGAAAGUCGAUCGAAAACUACAGCAUCAUGUCCAACUCUAAGUGGAUUACAAUUUCAUGAUGAACUUCCACAUGAAACAGUUCUUAACAUUCCUUUAAAUUUACCGAGACCACCCAGCACACGAAAUUGUGGAACAUACGAAGACGAUGUAAUUCCACUACGGGUUCAUGACUGUUCUUUGGAUUUAAUUGUUAUCUCAGACUCUAAAGGAAUAGUUUGUGUAUGCCAUCAUUAUCUCUACCGACCAGUUCAACCACCUCAGCACAUGCUUGAUGAAAGCCUCAACGACACCAACACUGUUCAUUUUGCUUACUCAGUUACUCUACUUCAUCAUAGUUGUGUAAUACAUUGUGUAAUACCAGGAAUACCCUGGACUCAAGCUAAACUUAUGAGACCCACGUUUGCAAUAGUUGGUGAUUACAUGGUUGUGUUUGUCCAAGGAUUCUUUACACACUUACUUGAAAUUGGAGUGAGCCAUGAUCCUUGUUGUCACAUACUUUGUAGUUCGUUACCGACUAUUCCUGCUCAAGCUUCAUAUCUAGUUCCAUUACUCGAUAUUAAUAGUAACAAACCAAUCAAAAAGCAAGGAUCAUCAGACACCCAAGAAGUCUCGAAUAUCUUAACGAUAGAUUUACCUACAUUGGAUUUAGUUUCUUUAACAAUUUCCACGAACUUUUUAAUCGAUGUUUUUAGAAAAGAAUCUUCAGUACAAGUGAGACUCGGUAUCAUUCAUUAUUUCAUGUGUCAUAGGCAUGAUUUAGAGACAGUUGUUGGACUGGUAUCAAUAAUAGCUGAAAAACCACGAGAUCUCGACGUCGUUCAAUUCAUGCAGGAAAUUUUGAUUGGUAAUUCAUACGCUUUAGUUCAAAAGAAUCUCCUUCCUGAUGCAGUGCCACUACUUUCUUUAUUACCAAUCACUACAAUAGAAGAAUAUACAAGCUACGAUGCUAAAGUAAAUGAUCUUACCAUUACUUUGAGUCAUGAAAAACUUUGGAAUACUUCUGUGAUGUUGUUAUCUCCUCAACAACGAUUAGUACCUUAUAGAAGUGACUUAUGGACCAGACUGUGGGAUAAUCUUGGAAAGAAAAGUGAAAGCAAGCCAAGAUUUAAAUUUAGUCAAAUAACUGAAAAACUUUUAGUAUCUUUAGCUUGUUAUCAACCAGAAGUAUUGUCUAGAUCUAGUACACCAAUGUCUCCCAGUGGAGGUUUGGUUUUAUCCACUGGAUCUUUUGGAGAUCUGAUGAGUAAUCGGAGUAAUAAAAUCCUAGACUCUGCUUUACCUUUCGUAGAAAUGGAAAAUUGUACAGCUUCAAGACAAGAGCAUAUUGUAUCAGUUAAUUUACGAGAACUCUCCAUGUAUCUUUUGAAACAUGCAACUAAUACUCCAGCAACAUCUUACAUAUCAUGUACUCCACUUCAAGUACAUGCAAUGGCAACUAGACAUGUUGCUGCCCAAUUGGAAAGCUCACGAUCACUUUGCCAAAUGUUAUGUCGUGCUGCCAAUGUUGAUCCACGGUUGGAGCAAGAACGUGGCUUUGUUUUAAUUGAGCAAUUAGAUGAAACUAGGAGAAAUCUUUUAUUUUCUUUGUUAGAGAGAUAUCGCUUUUCUAUUGAAAUGCUAGCAUUUCCUGUACCUCAAGGAUUUUCAUCUUUCUUUACCUAUCUUGGAUAUCGAAGUCUUAAGUAUUCAAUUUUUCUGCAAUACGUUGAACGAUCUGUUUUUGAGUUGCAAGUAGAUGUUACAAAAAUAAUCAUAGCAGAUAUAAGUGAUACUAAAGAAAAUGCGAUAAAAAAAUUGCAUUUAUUAUCACUACUACCAAGAUCUCGAGCAAAAAGGCUUCUUAAUCAAUGGCUGCACCCAGUUAGUUUUAUGCUGAGAGCCCGUGAGCAUGCAGUGAAUAUUUUGUCAGGUGAGGCAUGUCAAAAUAGAGGAAGAACACUACAACAUUGUCAUCGUCAUAAUGGAUUAGCAGCUUUUCCUUCUGCUGAUCGACUAUCACCUUUAGAUACUUUUUUGGAUUUGUUAACUGCAAAAGCAAGCCUUGCAGAAUUAGAUUAUGGUUUACUUAUAGAAGCAACGGUAACAUCUACUGAAGACUUCCUUUAAAUAAAUUUUUAUUUUUUUUCUAUCUUAUUGCUCAAUUAAUAGAUGUAAUAGUACAAUUCUUUAAUAAAAUAUUAUUAAUAGAGACCAAUAUGUAGAUCUUGGUGCUCUAUUCUAUAAUUAAUUUCAUGUAAAUUUAUAAUUUUUAUCAAGAAAUUGUAAUAUAAA